GGCACAAUCGUAGCAUUUAAUGUGCACUACACAGAUAAUGCAUUUCGUUUUACAAAAUUUUAACAAGCAAAGGCAUGCUUUUAAUGUGUCUGCAUAGCUAGGAAAACACACUUGACAGCAAACUUUAGCAUACUCAAAGAAUUUAUUUUUGGACUAUCAAAACUCAUCUUCUGUUUAAUUCCAGCAAAACAGGCAUGUGCAUGUCAGCCUCAUAAGCAAGGAAAAUGGAACGAGUCCUUUUGUCAACUAUACAGAUCAAACCAAAUUAAAAUACAAAUAUCUGUAGCCAACUAUUGAGGUGAUUUCAGCGCCAAGACAGUAACUCCUUCCAAGGAUUUUUACAAAGAGGCGUCAAAUAUGGUAGGUAGGAUGGUCUAGGCAAGGAAAAUACAGCACGGAAAGGCAGAAGGGUUUAAGUCUUUAUGUGAGUCCACACCCAGGUGUAAUAAGACUGGUUCGAGGGUGGAGGAGGCAAUUGGGAGUCAACUGCAAACAUCAGCUGGAAAAGUUGAGAGAGCAGGCUUGUUUGGCUGCUUACCAUAUAGGUAAGUAGCUCACAACGGACAACUGUGGAGGAGUGAGCCAAUAUGACAGAAACAAAGCAUUAAGUUUUGUUUGCAGUCGCUUCCACCAGUACAAAUAGAUGCCACCGAGGGCAGAAUUUUACGUCUACUACCCUUCAACACUCUCUAAUCCCUGUCAACGGAUUGCUUAAAUACUUUUCAUGAACAACUUAAAAAAAAUAAAAGAGUCACAAGCCUUUGAUCGCAGCUUUUGAAAGGAGGGAGAGGCUGAGCUUUCGAGGCCAGCCUGGUCUACAGAGCGAGUUUCAGGACAGUCAGGACUACACGGAGAAAUCUUGCCUCGAAAACCAAAAAGUCAAGACAUACUAUUAAAAAGUCUUUUGGGGUAAAGGGAGUAUCCAAGGAAUACAACGCGCAUUAAUUACCGUUGAAAGAUUAGCACAGAAGUCUUUUCCAUCAUCCGACUGUCUCUGAGCUGUAAACCUUAAGCCAACGAAACAAAACAAAACAACCCCCGCCCACGCGUUUUAAACGGAUGAAAUAAUGCCUUUAAAAGUGCUUAGCGCAGUGUCUGGCCCAUAGGAACCACUCAACAAAUUACGGUUAUUAGACUUCCGAGCUCUCAACCAUUCGGGAUUCGGGUUCUCAUUUUCAGGGGAUGGAACGGGCCACAGAUGGUCCCCGGGGCUGCUGCCAGCUCCGACAGUCUCCGGUUUCAAGCAGGAACCUACUCAGUAUUGCCAAACAAACCAAGGAAACCAUCCAUGCAGCCAGGCGAGGCCAUCGGUCCGCGAGUCUCAGCACCCACCCCUUGCCACAGACGCCAAAGGCGGGGCUGAACCGGAGCCUGAGCUGGAUCUGGAUCCCGGUUCUCGAUUUCACCCUGGCUCACAACUAUCUUUGGGCAGGAUAGGCGGACAGGGCAAAACUCCAGAGCUAACCCAGCCCGACCCACCUUCGCCGGCGCCCACCACACCCCUUCCGGCUGGGGCCCCGCCCCUAACAAUGACCCCCGCCCCUCUUGGUCCCUCCCGUUUUCAGGCCCCGCCCCCAGCCCCGCCCCACCGCGAGCCGGGCGCUUAGUUCUUUCAGCCCACGGGCAGCCACGUCCUCCCCUGACGCUCUGAGGUCACCGACCGGGCUGGCCGGCAGGGGGCGGAGGGACGGAGGGAAGAUGGCGGCCGAGGCCGGAUAUUGGCGCCGCCUCCCCCAGUCGCGGAGCCGGCGCAGAUGAGGCGGCUCGGCUGGGGCCAGCGGCGCUUCGCAACCCGAGCCGGGGGGACCCUGGCGGUGGGGCCUGGCCCUGCUCUAUGCCGGCGCCUCGGCUAGCGUGAGCGGUGGCGGUAACGCCUCUCUCCCCCGUGCUUCCCCUGCGGCUUGGGAGUCGGAGCGGGCGGCGCGGCCGGCAUGGAGGACGUUAACUCCAAUGUGAACGCGGACCAGGAGGUGCGGAAGCUGCAGGAGCUGGUGAAGAAGCUGGAGAAGCAGAACGAGCAGCUGAGGAGCCGCUCAGGAGCCGUGCAGAGUGCAGGCCUCCUCGGGCCGGGCAGCCCUGCUCGGGCCGGCGUGUCCACCCCCUCCUCGGGCGCGGCGUCCCCUCGGGGCUUCCCGCUGGGCCUGGGCGCCAAGGCGAGCGGCGGGGCGGGCUCGGGCCCGCGACGGACCAGCAGUGAGGAUCUGCGGGACGCCACCUCCUUGCUGGCGGCUGGUGAGGGCGGCUUGCUGGACGAGGUAGAACCGCUGCGGCCCGACGAGCUGGAGCGCUUGUCAGGCUGGGAGGAGGAAGAAGAGAGCUGGUUGUACUCAUCACCAAAGAAAAAACUCACACCAAUGCAGAAAUCUGUUAGUCCAUUAGUUUGGUGCAGGCAAGUUUUGGAUUAUCCAAGUCCUGAUGUGGAGUGUGCUAAAAAGUCCCUUAUCCACAAACUUGAUCAAACUAUGUCAGCUCUCAAGAGGCAAAAUUUAUACAAUAAUCCUUUCAACUCUAUGAGUUACUCAAGCCCUUAUAGUCCAAAUGCCAGUAGCCCUUACAGCAGUGGCUUCAACUCUCCAUCCUCAACACCAGUGCGACCUCCCAUAGUCAAGCAGCUUAUACUUCCUGGAAAUUCAGGUAACUUCAAGAGCUCAUCAGAUAGAAACCCUCCACUCAGCCCUCAGUCCUCUAUAGAUAGUGAGUUAAGUGCUUCAGAAUUAGAUGAAGAUUCAAUUGGAUCCAACUAUAAGCUAAAUGACGUAACUGAUGUGCAGAUUCUAGCCCGGAUGCAGGAAGAAAGUCUCCGGCAAGAGUAUGCAGCCACCACCUCUCGUCGCAGCUCAGGCUCAUCUUGCAACUCCACGAGGCGGGGCACGUUCAGCGAUCAGGAACUGGAUGCACAGAGCUUGGAUGAUGAAGACGACAGCAUGCACCAUGCCGUGUACCCUGCUGUUAAUAGGUUUUCUCCAUCCCCACGGAAUUCACCCCGACCAUCUCCUAAGCAGUCGCCUCGAAAUUCACCUCGUUCACGGUCUCCUGCCCGGGGAAUAGAAUACAGUAGAGCAUCCCCACAGCCUAUGAUUAGCCGCUUGCAGCAGCCUCGCCUUUCCCUCCAAGGCCAUCCCACAGAUUUACAGACAAGCAAUGUUAAAAAUGAAGAAAAACUUAGACGCAGUCUUCCAAACCUAUCCCGAACAUCGAACACACAGGUUGACUCCGUGAAAAGCAGUAGAAGUGACUCCAAUUUUCAAGUGCCAAAUGGAGGAAUACCUCGAAUGCAGCCUCAGGCUUCAGCCAUACCUUCUCCAGGCAAGUUCCGCUCCCCUGCAGCACCAUCUCCAUUGGCUCUUCGGCAACCAGUGAAAGCGUUUAGUAACCAUGGCUCUGGUUCUGGUAGCCAAGAAACUACACAGUUCACACAAACCACCUCCUCACCUGGGCCUCCCGUGGUGCAGAACACAGCCCCGGCAAACCCUUCCAGCAAUAUCAACAGUGCCACUCUAACCAGACCUGCAGGGACAGCUGCAAUGAGAAGUGGCCUGCCCCGGCCUAGCGCCCCUUCUGCGGGGGGCAUACCAGUGCCUCGCAGCAAGCUUGUGCAGCCUGUUCGAAGAUCAUUGCCAGCUCCUAAAACCUAUGGUAGCAUGAAAGAUGACAGUUGGAAAGACGGCUGUUACUGACCAGCAGAGACAAGGAUACAGACGUCCACAGCUUCAUGGACACCCCUUCACCAAGCUGAAACCAACUUUUAUAUGCAGACUCUUCAGUGAGACUCUUGGGUUUGCACACUCCCAGCCUCUCUGUCUUAAUAGCACAAGUGACGGAGACGAGGAAGCAGCACUUUAAUGCCACGUGACAUCAGAUGUGUUUGGUAGUCAUGCAGUCACUCUCCAUGGGGUCGCCUAGUUUUGUUCACUUGAAGCACGGUUCAUUUUAUUAUUUGACAGAGGCCAAUAUCUGGGCAAAUACCUACUGGAUGCCAAAGAGAAUGCCCAUUUGUAAAGAGAGAACCUGUGUACAUGGGAAGAUGGUGAACUUAGGCUAUCCAAAACCUCACGUUCAACCUACUUUACUGUACAAAUAGUAUCAAUAAAUACUGUGUUAACAAGAACUAAUAUUCUGACUAAUUAGACUGUUUUCUUAGUCCUUCAGGAUACAGUAAAUUAUAAAGAUUGGGAGAGAGAAAGGACAGACCUGAGCUAAAGACUCAAAACGUGCUACUACCUGUGUUUAGGAAGGUUUUAUACAUUACUUUUGCAGACUCCGUGGGAAAAGGCUCUUAGCUUUUAAACAUAGCUCACAUAGCCACGUGCAGAUGGUGUCACAGUGCACGCCCACCGCCCUACAUCUCAGACUUCUGUGUACCUGUUUUUGAUGCCAGAAGGGCUCACUCUCUUUCUAACUUUACAGUUCCUGGCUCAGGACAGAUGGCCUUUGCUGUUGAAGCCAACUUACUCACAUGCUGGUUUCUGUCUGUCACAGAGCUGAAAGAGCUGUUUCCACACCAGGUUUCUAUGAUGUCAAAGAACAGUUACGUGUCUUUGUCCUUGACAAAGCAACACCUCAGAACUUAGAGCCUGGAGUAGAACCAUAUCCAAGAGGAGGGAAAUCUAUGCACUAACUGUAAACAUCUCUGUGAUGGCAGCUGUACUGCUGCUCGUAAGCGGCAGCGCGGUCUGUUAUGUGGUAGUCAGUCCACUCCAAACUGAAUGACUGUAUGAAGUCCCUUUUUAAAACCCUGUCCCUUUAACUUAGAUUCUGCCUUACAUCAGCGUUUUCAUUGUUUGGUUACAAAGCAUCCAACUCUACUUUGCUAAAUACUUGCUCUUUAAAUGGCAUAUGUGUGUAUAUAACCCUUGGAAUUAGCUGUUUGGUUUUUCAGAUUAUUAUCAAACUAUAACUCGAGCUGACUUCUCAUUUUUUAUAAUGAGGUCUGUUUUUUAAAUACUUAAUACAGUUUUAAAUGUUGGCAGUUGGGUCACAUAGAGGCGGGGUAUUUGAACUCGUUUCCUGUAAGUAGAGGAUGUUCUAUAAAGUGCACGUAGAAAUACAGAGAGGAAGGGAAGGGAAGUUUCCUGCUCAGGAAAGCAUCGAUUUGAUGAUAACAGAGACCCCGUCUGCCAUGGCUGACGCUGGCCCAGCAGGGAGACAUGGAGCGCAGACAGCACGAGUGCCAGACCUGUAGUAUAGGGUGGAAGACAUUGAAGGGAUGUGAGGGAAGGAGGCUGCCCCGUCGGGUGCCCCGUCAUCCAUGAUGCUGGACUGAGAACAGCUGUUUCUUCCAGAAAGACGGAGCGCGUGCUUUGGCCUGCUGAGAGCCAGAGAGCAGCCUCGGUCUCUGCAGAGCCUCACGUGCACACAGCAAGCAGGUCUCUGUUCAGUGUGACGGUUGGAAAUAAUAAAUGCUGCAAUCUAAUAAUUUAAAAGAACCUUUAAUGAACCAUCUAUCACAUUUUUAAGUUAGAUAAUCAGUUUCAAAAGGAACAUUCAGGUUAUUUAACAUUGUUUUUAAAUGGCUGCAUCAGAACAAAUAUCUAUUUUUUUUUAAUUAAACUAUUUCAUCACUUGUUUAAAAAUGUAUUUUGGAUCUGAGUUUGGUGAUAUUAUUUCAGCUGCUGCUGCACUACCACAGAUUAUUAUUGGCUUUUAGUUUCCUAAAGAGAAAAAUUGCCUUUUUACUAGAAAGCCUUUGUGUAUUGCCAGUUUUUCUGUUUGGGAAAAUCUAAGGAUUUACUGUGGUUAGUCGUACAGAAGAAAUGUGGAUUUGAUGAACUAGUGCCUAUGAUUUUAACUUAUGUUUGAUAUAUAGUAGUAGGGUCAUAAAUGUUGAUUAUUUUGUGCCAACAGCCCAGAAUUGUCACUUGUAUGUCAGCAGAAACUAUGACCUCUGCUUCCAAAGUUAUUUAAUUUUCUCAGUGUUUGGAUGUUAUUUUUUGUAAGUGUGUUAAUAAAAGUGUAAAGAAUUGGAAAAAUAUAAAUAUUCUUAACUCAAGCAUUUGCUGAAUCAUUUUUCUACAAAACUUGUUUGUACAAAACUCUGUGAAGAGUUGACUUUUCUCAGUUUUCAUACCCUGGAAAUCACAUUUUGUAAAACUGGGGACCAUUCAUAAUUGUCAGAUACUUUUUUAAAUUAUCUCAGAACAUCACUUUUAUAUAUAGAUAUAAAAAUUUUUUUGAAAGCAAAGAAAAUUAAAUACAUAUGUGUCCCCAGAUAUUUGUACAACUCUAGGAUGAUCUAGACUGUGUAUGUUCAGAUCGACGUAACUCACUGUACAGAUGCCCAGCUUUGACAGAUGAUGCAUGGUCCUUAGAGCACAUGAAGUUUGAUUUGCAAACAUUUCUAUAGCUGCACUUGUAAUAUGUGGUUGCCUCCUUAAUAAACAGCCUGACCAUGAUGUUUAUUAUUAAAUCUA